AUUCAAUAUCAGAGCAUUGAUAUCACUGCUUAUUAUUUAGUGCCACGCAAUUCUUAAGAGUUUUUUCCUAAGGAUUAAAAAAAUAUCUAAAAUCAUUAUUUCAGAAAAUAAGAACGGGCUGGUGUAACUAUUUAUAACAUUCAGCACGAAGUUUAUUUAAAAGAAUUAUUCACAUUUUAAUAUCGUAAUCAGAAAAAAAUGGGUUCCAGUCAUAGUAUCGAAAUACCCGGCGGUGGAACUGAAGGCUACCACGUCUUAAGGGUUCAAGACAAUUCCCCUGGCCAAAAGGCAGGCUUAGAAGCAUUUUUCGAUUUUAUAGUAGCUAUUGCUGGUACCAGGUUGGAUCAAGAUAACGAUAUGCUGAAAGAAUUACUUAAACAACAUGUGGAUAAACCAGUGCGAGUUACUGUCUAUUCCAGUAAAACUCAGACAGUUCGAGAAGUUAUCUUAACUCCCAGUAGCGGUUGGGGAGGUCAAGGUCUCUUGGGGGUUAGCAUACGCUUUUGUUCAUUUGAAGGAGCUAACGAGAAUGUUUGGCAUAUCCUAGAGGUUCAUCCAAAUUCCCCAGCUGAAGAAGCUGGUCUCAGAGCUUACUCUGAUUACGUGAUUGGUGCUGAUGCUAUACGCCAUGAAAAUGAUGACUUGUUUACUUUGAUUGAGACUCACGAGCAGCAACUUUUAAAAAUCUAUUUGUACAAUAUAGAUGAUGAUGCAUGUCGUGAAGUAACAAUUACACCCAAUUCACAGUGGGGUGGGGAGGGGGCAUUGGGUUGUGGCAUUGGUUACGGGUAUUUACAUCGCAUUCCAGUUCAAGCAGGUAAUGUGACUCUUGCUAAGUCAUCCACCACAAUUUCCCCAAUUAAUAUUACUGCGGCAAAGCCAGAAUCAACAUCGGUAACUACAAAUGCGGCAGCUGCGUCCGUAAUAGCGCCGACCUUACCUUAUGUGCCUCCAUUGAGUAAUACUUUCACUCCAAGUACUGCGAACAAAACUAUUGAAGCCUUAGCAAACGUUUCAACUGGAACUUCGCCUAAGGUUAACGUCGCAGCUGCGACUAACGCUACAGAAAGUGUUUUCAAAGCUUAUUUUAGUCAAGGCGAUAAUGCGCCCGAACUGGAGCCGACGCCAUCAAACUAUGAAACAGCAGACUAUCCAUAUGAUACUACACCUGAAGUUCAGUCAACGACAGAUGCAAAUCUAGUGUCGACAACGCAGUCUGCAGUAAAAACUAACAAUGUUUAUACCGCACCAAUCACAACUAGCAUCGCCCCUCCCACUAAUAUUUAUAUACCUGGUGUAAUAGACCCUUUAGUAGCUAAUAAAACUGACACAGAUUUUGCAAGCAACGUUCAAAGAAUGUCUUCGCCUCUAACAAAUAUUGGAGCUGAAGUGUCGUCACCAAUUCCAAUGUUCUCUCCAGGUCUGCAGCAAUAUAUGUCUUCGCCGGCAGCGCUGUCCUACCCAACAGCUCAAACGAUACCCACUUAUCCCCAAGUGCAACCAUCGAUGGGAGGAUUGUAUCCUACUCAAACCACAUCAAUGUCGCCGCAAAUAUUUCAGCAUUAUGAACAACAACAGCAAUCACAAAAAAAUUCCGUAGGUCCUAUCGUGGCGCCCACCACAAUACCUUCUCCUCCGCAGCUCCCUUCUACUUCUCCCUGUUCAAAUUAAACUUUAUCCGCCAUUCGUUAGUUGUUUCAUAAAACUAAAGCUUUCUCUUUCUAGCAUUAUCAUUUCGUUUUGUAUAAUUUAGAGCAGAUUACAAUAUAUUAUUUUCUAUAUUCUUAUUUUUAAAAGCAAAUUUAUUGCAAGUAGAACGAAACCGUGUAUACGUAUGCAUGGUUAAAUAAAAUAAAUAUUAAUGUAUUAUAUGUGUUUAUGUGUGUUUGUAAAAAUCAUCAAAUUCGUUGAAUAACAUAUAAAAUACCUAUGCAUUAUUAUGUAUAUGGCUUUGCAGAAACAAAUUAUCUGACAGAAUAAGCGUGGAAAAGCCUUAUACUAUGAUCCAAAUAGACAAUUAUAUAUAAGUAUAUGUCAAAUUUCGCUAAAUUUUCUCAUUCAUUCAUUCCAAUUCCGAAAAAAGUUUUAUUUUGCCUUCAGGUCUUUCACUUUGCGCAUUUUUUCUUCCGUUGUCUAAGCCGAUUCUUUAACGUUCAUAUGGAGUAUGAGGAGCUCAUAUUACAAGAGCAAUACGAAACCUUGGGAAGCAACUAUGCCUCGCAUGUACGUCUUACAGUAUAUAAUGAUUUUUCUAAAAAAUUGACUAACCAGUUAAGGAAAAUCUUAAAAAGUUUAUAUAGCCAGCAAUCAUAAGAGUAGGAACUUUUUGUACUUAUUUUUAUUUUUCGCUUUUAUAGCCUCUACAAAGUUAAAUUAAAUCUAUCAAAGUAUACAUAAUCCUAACCAAUUUCUGCGACGUAGCCGACCGAAGUGUUUUUGUCCAUCCAUGAUGACAAUACCAAAAACUUGUCCAGAGAGAAUAAAUUUCAAAUUUAGUUGAGUCAAUGUGUGAGCCAUCAUUAAUAUAAUCUAAUCAAAUAUCGCCGAUAAGGUAGCAAUAAGUAUUAAGAGAUUUCGUUCUUUUUAUGAAUAUAGUAGUUAUAGAAAAAAAGAGAAGGGAUACAAAAGAAAAAAAAAAUCUUCUCCACUAAAAAAAAUACCGAUGUAGACAGAGCUAACGCCAUCAAAUAAAAUGUGAAUAUUCUCUCUUCGCGGAUUUAAGAGAGAAAUGUGCAAUAAUAAUUUAUGCCAACAUAGCAAUAACACAAAUAAGAAAGAUAUAUUCGGCUACGGACGAGUUUCGCAUACCCGUCACCCUUAAAAUGUUUGGCGUUACAUGCUUUUUACUUAUUGUCAUAAAAAAAUUAAUGGAAUAAAUUAUUUAUCUCUCCUUACCUCUUACUUGAAUAAAAGCUAAUGUUAAGAAAAAUUAAUUUAUCACAUCGUGACGUCUAUCAUAAUUAAUUUAAUUUCAAUACUUUUAGCCCUUUUAUUUGAUAACAAUAUCGCUGGUAUUAUUAAGAAAAAAAUUCAUCGAUCAAAUCAUGGUGUCCGCCACAUUCAUUUUAGAAUUAACGUAUUUUUAGAUCGCAUAUAUCGUAUUUCUCGGACUAUAAGACGCAACUUCGUAUAUCGAAAAAUGGGCUCAAAUUGUGGAUGCGUCUUAUGGGGUCCGAAGGUAGCAUUAAAAUAUUUUUUCACUAAAUCGUCUCUAAAUUUGAGAUUUGAAAGGAGUAAUAGCAAUACCUCAGAUGAAACUAUGACGAACGGUGACAUUAACGGGACGAACGAUAAUGAAGAUGAUAGAGAAUGAAGAUGAACUGAACGACUUAUGUUAACAAUAAAUAGAAAUUAUGAUCCGAAACUAAUAUUAAAAUAUAUUUUUCAAAAAAUCAUCUCACAAUUUGAAGUACGUCUUAUAGUCCGAAAAUAUACAAAAUAGUUUUAACCAUUCAGUCUUGUUUACCUUAUGGUUAUAUUAUAUAUGGUUAAGCAUAAAAUCUCAAAAAAGUGAAAAGAAGGAGAAUUUAAUCACUUGUAACUCCUUAUAUAAGUUACGUAGGCAUUUACGUUCGUAAAAUAACUGGGAAAUUGUAGCCAACAAAAACUCAUGAAUUUUUGGAUAGAAAAAAAACGGAUUUACGUUCAGUUUAGGCGUCGCUACGAGCUUGGCACUCUGGCCAGUUUGACCGAUUUCUAAUGCCAGCCUCCGUGCAAUGACUACCAAAUGUUUCUGCUAAACUUGAAAUCGAUGUCUUCAUUUUUGCGAUCAAGAGAGUAUUAACAAUAUACACCACACAGACGGACCGACGUGGUUUAAUCAGUUCAGAAUUUCAAGGUGAAAGCUCAAGGAUCUCUAAAGCUUCCCUUCCCCAUUCACGGUCAGAUAUUUAAAAUAUAUUUUAUGCUAAAAGUUGGGAGCUUUCCCAAAAUAAAACGAUGCUAAAUUCCUAACCAAGUGAGGGAAUAGGACAUAACUUUAUCGACAUAAAGAUAAUAAAUGGAAAACAAAGCGAAAUAUUAUCCCCCAGCAACUGAUGUAAUAUAUGAAUGAACUGCCGAUGUUUACGUACAUAUUGAGAGCAACUUUACCAGUUUUCUUAAUGCAUAACAGAUUUAGCAGAACUUCUGCAGUUUGUAUCGUGAACAACAACAACUAUUCAAUUAAC